AUGCGUAUAUUGAUUGACACCGGAGCCACAACAACAUUUAUUAGCGAAAAAUCAUUAAGAAAAACAAAACAUCAUAAAUACAUCAAUAAAGACUCUUAUUCUUUUUUAUUAGCAGAUGGAGUGGCACCGUUCUUGGUAUCAGGAAUUGUGGAAUUAACUAUAAAAUUCGGAGAUCAAUUAACUAAAAUUCAUGCACAUGUAGCUAGAAAUCUUUGUAACGAUAUGAUAAUAGGAAUGGAUUAUAUAAACCGCUAUAAUUUAAAUAUUAAUAUUAAACAACAAACCAUUUCUAUUGAUAAUAAUAAACAUAAAGCGCAAAUGGUCAUUGAUAAAGAUUUCGAUACACAAAUAUUUCCUGUUACAUUGUCUAAAUCUGUGCAUAUUUCUCCUAACUCUACUCAACAAACUAACGUCUCCAUUCCCAUUUCUUCUAUUAUUUCGUCGUUCGUUCCUAAUUCUCGUUUUAUUCACAACACAUCGCUCUUUGUUGCACACACACGUCUUAUUUUUCAACGUUACUCUACCUCUAUUACAUUGUCUAACGAUUCAGAGUAUCCACGUUUUAUUCAGAAAGGACUUUGCAUCGGAUAUUUAAUGUGUUACCCGCCCCACCAGUAUUGUCAACAUCACCCGUGCUCUUCUAAAGGUACUUUACUUGGUGAGACCAGUUUUUCUGACACGUCAUCAGUUCCGCGUAGUACCGGACAGAAGGAUAUCUCAACACAAGACAAUCAUAUAUAUAACACCAUUCAACCACCCAUCAUUUGUAAUACAAUACAAUCUAUCCAUCCGAAAGUUGAACACGAUAUUCAGCAGUUAGUUAGUAAAACGGAAGAUAAAAACCGACAUGAUGACCUACUAUCACUUCUACAUCGUUUUCAUAUUAUUUUUGACACCACGAAACAUAAUAUUGCAAACACACCAAUAAAUCACGUUAUUAACACACUUCCACAUUCACCACCUGCACAACGACCAUAUCCUCAACCAAAUACCGAAGAAUCCAUGUAUAAAAUUUGUCAGGAAUUCUUAAAAGCUGGCCUGAUAAGCGAAUCCCAUUCUCCAUACGCAGCACCGGCGUUAUUAGUGAAAAAAUCUGAUGGAAAGGAUCGUCUUGUCAUUGAUUAG